AUAUACCCAGCCAAGUGAAACAGUUGCGCACGGAUAGUUUCGUAUAUACGUGCACAUAACAUUUUGUUUGUAUGUUAUGGCUAUUCUCUAUUUUGUAAACAAUUUGGUUCGAGUCAAAUGUCCAUGGCGCGCUACUUUCUUAUGAAACAAGUUGCAAUGCACACCAUAGUGAAGAGCGCACAGAAUAAAAGCGCAGGGUGUAUGGUCAAGUAUAUGUAAAGUACGGCGUUUCAUAUAGCAUACGUUAAUUCCAUUGUGUUGCGCGUUUUGUUGUUUGCCUAAAAAGAUAAUGUGAUUUGUGAGGAGAAGGGAAAAGAGCGCCAACUGUGUCAUGGUGUUAACUACCCAGUGAUUGGCUCCAAAAGCUUACUGCUUCAGCCACUCAGGCUCUAGGUUGCCUCCCCAGUCGUGCACAUAUAUUGGCGUGAGGUGAAGAAACAAGCACUUGUUUUCUCGAAAUCUAAGACAAAGUAAUAACAAACAUGAGUGGAAGAGGCAAAACCGGUGGCAAGACUAGGGCGAAGGCCAAGACUCGUUCGUCCAGGGCUGGACUGCAGUUCCCCGUCGGUCGUGUGCACAGGCUGCUGCGUAAAGGCAACUAUGCUCAGCGCGUGGGAGCUGGUGCACCCGUCUACAUGGCUGCAGUGAUGGAGUACUUGACCGCUGAGAUCUUGGAGUUGGCCGGUAACGCCGCUCGUGACAACAAGAAGAGUCGUAUUAUCCCCCGUCAUCUGCAGCUGGCCGUGCGUAACGACGAGGAGUUGAACAAACUGCUCGGUGGCGUUACCAUCGCUCAGGGUGGUGUGCUGCCCAACAUUCAGGCUGUGCUCCUGCCCAAGAAGACCGAGAAGUCCAAGUAAAUUUGUCCCCGGCUCCCGUGAACACAACGGCUCUUUUAAGAGCCACUCACAUCCCGAAAAGAGCAAUUUUCAAUGUCUGACAGAAAUCAUAAUGAAACAUUGUAAAACAAAUAAUGACUUGUUCAUAUCAUGAAUAAUGGGGAUGACCCGUUUACUAUCGCUAUCUCCAAAACGCUGGCAUAUUGAUCUACACCGUCUAGCCUACGUAGCGGCUAAGUAAGAACGUGUCAAGACGCUCAAUAUGUGAGACACGGGAAGAGAAUUGCUUAGCUAUGAUUAUUAAUACAUAGACUCGUUGACUGCCCAAGUAUGUUUCCCGCAUUAGACGCCAGCACAGUUUGUUGCCAUGCAUUCAUC